AUGGCUGUAUUGUCUGAAAUCGAAGAGCCGCCGCAGCCGGCGCAGCCUCCGUCGGAAGGGCCAAGUGCGGGCGAGAGUAGCUCUCGAGCACGCGAAGCUGGCGAAUGUGGUAACGGUUUGGACGAGUUUCCGUACGACGGCUCGCUGCUGUCGCUGCUCAGGCAGCACGACGAUCGACCGUUGGAUCUGUUCCAAACGGUCGUUGGAUUCUUGCGGCGAAAGUCAGAUUUCUUCGCAGACGCGCGGUCAGAGACUGAAGCGGGGAAGCUGAUCCACUCGGCGCGAGUUCAGUUCGAGAGGGAGAGGCGAGACCGCGAGCAGCGGAGGGAGCAGGAGAAGGCGGAAACGGAGAGACUAGAAAAGGAACGAGACAAGGCGAGAAUAGAAACGGAGAGGGAGGAGCAGGAGAGGAGAGAGAGGCAGGAGGCGGCAGGGAAGGGGAAGGAGAAGGUAGCGGCUGGGAGUGGUGCGGAGGGGAAGGACGAGCCAUCCCUGGGCAACGGAGCGGAUCUGGGGCGAUACUCCUUCACACAGACUCUUGGCGAACUAAAUUUGGCAAUUCCCCUUCCUGCCGGCACCAAGGCGCGGGGAGUGACAGUGGAGAUCAAGAAAACAAAGCUGGUGGCUGGGUUGAAGGGGCAGGCGCCGGUGCUGGAGGGCGACCUCUGGGCGCCUGUGAAGGUAGACGACUGCAUUUGGAGCAUUGAGGACAACCCGGGGGGCGGUCGCACCCUCUCCAUCCUCCUCACCAAGAUCAACCACAUGGAGUGGUGGAGUGCGGUGGUGAGGGGCGAGCCGGAGAUCGACACUCAGAAGGUGGAGCCGGAAAACAGCAAGCUGGGGGACCUAGAUGCUGAAACGAGGCAGACUGUAGAGAAGAUGAUGUACGACCAGCGGCAGAAGCAGAUGGGGCUACCAACGAGUGAGGAGCAGCAGAAGCAGGACAUUCUAAAGAAGUUCAUGGCUCAGCACCCGGAGAUGGAUUUUUCCAACGCCAAGUUCUCCAUGUGA